AUGAAGCCCUGGGUUGUGGGAAAUCUCUCCGUGCUUGAUAGAGAAACUCAGUAUGCUGCUACCCUCCAUCCUCAGGUCGAGCUAGAGGUUCCCCAACUCUGCAACUUCAUCCUGAAGACCAGCCAAUGUACCUUGAAAGAGGUAUAUGGCUUCAACGCUGAGGGCAAGCCUUUGCUGAAGAAGACCAAGAACUCUGAGGAGUUUGCAGCCGCCAUGUCCAAGUAUGAGCUCAGGCUGGGUGUUCCUGAAGGGAAGAAAGUCUUCCUUUACCCAGAGAAGGGUGAACCCAAACACAUCCUGAACAUCAAGAGGGGCAUCAUUUCUGCACUCCUGGUUCCCCCAGAGACAGAAGAAGACAAACAAGUGUUGUUCACGGUGAGAAUUUGGAAAGCUGAAAACCCUCUAAACUUCACUUGCCAUGUCAGAGACCAAUCAAUGGUACCUGAAAUGGAUUUGGUGCAGGACUCCCAUUCCCCUACCUUGGAGGAAAAUGACUGUGACAGAAGACUGAGGUCCAAACCCCAGGAACUGUUCAAAAUGCUCACUCUCCAACCUCAUGCACAGGUCCGCCCCCUGUCGACCCUGCUCAGCAGCAGCCAGUCCUGCCAAUACACCCUGGACUCCAAGAGGAAGCAUGUGUCGGAAGCCAUCUGCAAGGAGCAACACCUGCUCCUGCCUUUCUCCUACAAGAAUAAGUACGGGAUGAUGACACACAUUACACAGACUUUGAAACUUGAAGAUACACCUAAGACCAACAGCCGCUUCUUUAAUGCAGGUACUGAGAAGGUGGGCCUGGCCUUCGAGAGCACCAAAUCCACAUUGCCACCAAAGCAGGCCGAGGCUGUCUUGACAACACUCCAGGAACUGAAAAAGCUAUCCAUCUCUGAGCAGAAUGCCCAGAGAGCAAAUCUCUUCAAAAAACUGGUUACUGAGUUGAGAGGCCUCGAUGAAGAGGCAGUCAAAUCCCUCUUGCCACAGCUGAUCGAGGUGUCCAGCCCCAUCACUUUGCAAGCCUUGGUUCAGUGUGGACAGCCCCAGUGUUACACUCACAUCCUCCAGUGGCUGAAAAGUGAAAAAGCUCACCCCCUCCUGAUAGAUGUUGUGACCUACCUGGUGGCCCUGAUCCCAGAGCCUUCCACACAGAGGCUGCGAGAGAUCUUCAACACGGCCAGGGAGCAGCAAAGCCGGGCCACCCUCUAUGCACUGAGCCAUGUGGUCAACAACUAUCAUCCGAUGACCCAGGAAAUGACCCAGGACCUUCAGGACAUUGCUGAUUACCUGUUGGAACAGAUUCGCAAUGAGUGUACUGGGGACGAAGAUCACACCUACCUGAUCCUGAGGGUCAUUGGAAACAUGGGCAGAACUAUGGAACAGGUAAUGCCGAGACUCAAAUCUUCAGUCCUGAAAUGUAUCAGAAGUGCAAAGCCAUCACUGCUGAUUCAGAAAGCUGCUAUCCAGGCCCUGAGGAAGAUGGAACUCAGAGAUGAGGUCAGGGGGAUCCUUCUCCAGACUUUUGUGGAUGGUGCUGCUCCAGUGGAUAAGCGACUGGCUGCCUAUCUCAUGCUGAUGAGGGGGCCUUCCCAGGCAGAUAUUAACAAAAUUGCCCGAAUUCUCCCACGGGAACAGAAUGAGCAAGUGAAGAACUUUGUGGCAUCCCACAUUGCCAACAUCUUGAACUCAGAAGAAUUGGAUAUCCAAGACCUGAAAAAUUUAGUGAAAGAAGCCCUGAAAGAAUCUCAACUUCCAACUGUCAUGGACUUCAGAAAAUUUUCUCGGAACUAUCACCUUUCUAAAUCUGUUUCUCUUCCGUCGCUUGACCCAGUCUCAGCCAAAAUUGAGGGGAAUCUUAUCUUUGAUCCGAAUAAUUACCUUCCUAAAGAAAGCAUGCUGAAAACAACCCUCACUGUCUUUGGAUUUGCUCCAACUGACCUCGUCGAGAUUGGCUUAGAAGGAAAAGGCUUUGAGCCAACACUGGAAGCUCUUUUUGGGAAGAAAGGAUUUUUUCCAGAUAGUGUCAACAAGGCUUUAUAUUGGGUCAAUGGUCGAGUGCCUGAUCAUGUCUCCAAAGUCUUGGUGGACCACUUUGACUAUAUCAAAGAGGAUAAACAUGAGCAGGACAUGGUAAAUGGAAUUAUGCCCAUCGUUGAAAAGCUGAUCAAUGAUUUGAAAUCCAAAGAAAUCCCAGAAGCCAGAGCCUACCUCCGCAUCUUGGGAGAAGAGCUUGGCUUUGUCAGGCUCCAAGACCUCCAGCUCCUGGGAAGGCUGCUGCUGAGUGGUGUUCAAACGCUGCAGGGAAUCCAACACCUGAUUGGACAGGCCAUAAGGGAAGGCUCAAAGAGUGACUUGUUUCUUCACUACAUCUUUAUGGACAAUGCCUUUGAGCUUCCCACUGGAGUGGGGUCACAGUUGCAAGUAUCCUUAUCUGGAGUCAUCACCCCUGGGACUAAGGCUGGAGUAAAACUGGAACUAGCCAAUAUGCAGGCUGACCUGGUGGUAAAGCCCUCUAUGACUGUGGAGUUUGCAACAAACAUGGGCAUCAUUCUUCCUGGCUUUGCCAGGAGUGGUGUUCAAAUGAACACCAACUUCUUCCAUGAGUCAGGCCUGGAGGCUCGUGUGACCCUGAAGACUGGACAACUGAAGUUCAUCAUUCCUUCUCCAAGGAGGCCCGUCAAGUUAUUUAGUGGCAGCAACACAUUGCAUUUGGUCUCCACCACCAAAACAGAAGUGAUCCCUCCUCUCAUUGAGAACAGGCAGUCCUGGUCAACUUGCAGGCCUUUUGUCACUGGACUGAGCUACUGCACCUCAGGAGCUUACUCCAACGCCAGCUCCACCGAGUCUACCUCCUACUACCCACUGACAGGUGACACCAGUUUUGAACUGGAACUGAAGCCUACAGGAGAGGUGGAACAAUAUUCUGCCAGUGCAACCUAUGAACUCCAGAGGGAAGAAAGAGCCUUGGUGGACACACUGAAGUUCAUAAUUCAGGCAGAAGGUGUGAAGCAUACAGAGGCUACAAUGAUGUUCAAAUAUAAUCGGCAGAGUAGAACUUUAUUCAGUGAAAUCCAAAUUCCAGAUCUUAAUGUUGACCUUGGAACAGUCCUCAGAGUUAGUGAUGAGUCUGCUCAGGACAAAAAGUCCUACAAACUCACCCUGGACAUUCAGAAUAAGAAAAUCACUGAAGUCGCUCUGAUGGGCCACAUAAGUUAUGACACUAAGGAAGAAAGCAAAAUCAAAGGUGUCAUUUCCAUACCCCGCUUACAAGCAGAAGCCAGAAGUGAGAUCCUGACCCGCUGGUCCCCAACCAAACUGCUCCUCCAAAUGGACUCAUCUGCUACAGCUUAUGGCUCAACAGUUUCCAAGAGACUGGCCUGGCGCUAUGAUGAGGAGAAGAUUGAAUUUGAAUGGAACACAGGCACCAAUGUGGAUACCAAAAAAGUUGCCUCCAAUUUCCCAGUGGAUCUCUCUGAUUUUUAUAGAGCCUUCCUGCUGCAUGCCAGUAGUCUCCCAGAUAACAGAGUUCCUCAAACAGACAUGACUUUCCGGCAGAUGGGAUCCAAAUUAAUAGUUGCAACAAACAGCUGGCUUCAGAAGGCAUCCGAGAGUCUUCCGUUAGCCCAGACUUUGCAGGAUCACCUCAGCGGCUUGACAGAGUUGAGCCUCCAGAAAAUGAGAUUUCCAACCUUCCAAGUCCCAGAAAACCUCUUCUUAAAAAGUGAUGGCCGGGUCAAAUAUACCUUGAACAAGAACAGCGUGAAAAUUGAGAUUCCUUUGCCUUUUGGUGGCAAGUCUUCCAAAGAUCUGAAGAUGCUAGAGACCAUUAGGACACCAGCCCUCAACUUUAAGUCUGUGGGAUUCCAGCUGCCAUCUCAAGAAUUCCAAGUCCCAACUUUUACCAUUCCCAAGUUGUAUCAACUUCGAGUGCCUCUUUUGGGUGUUCUGGACCUCUCCACAAAUAUCUACAGCAACUUGUACAACUGGUCUGCCUCCUAUACUGGUGGCAACACCAGCAGAGACCACUACAGUCUCCAGGCUCGAUACCACAUGAAGGCUGACUCUGUGAUUGACAUGUUUUCCUAUAGCAUCCAAGGAUCUGGAGAAACAGCUUAUGACCAAAGGAAUAUGCUCACAUUAGCUUGUGAUGGGUCUCUACGCCACAAAUUUCUGGAUUCAAAAAUCAAGUUCAGUCAUGUAGAAAAAGUUGGAAACAACCCAGCCUCAAAAGGUUUUCUAACAUUUGAUGCAUCUAGUGCCUGGGGACCACAGAUGUCUGCUUCAAUCCAUUUUGACUCAAAAAAGAAACAACAUCUGUAUGUCAAAGAUGUCAAGAUUGAUGGGCAAUUCAGAGCUUCUUCGUUCUAUGCUAAUGGCAUUUAUGACCUGUCUUGUCAGAGGGAUUCUACCACUGGCCAGCUCAGUGGAGAAUCCAACCUGAGGUUUAACUCUUCCUACCUCCAAGGCACCAACCAGAUAACUGGAAGGUACAAAGAUGGAACCCUCUCCCUCACCUCCACUUCUGAUUUGCAAGAUGGCAUCUUUAAAAAUACUGCUUCCCUGAAAUAUGAGAACUAUGAGCUCACUGUGAAAUCUGACAGCAAUGGGAAAUAUGAGGACUUUUCUACUUUUAACAAGGUGGAUCUGACCUUCUCUAAGCAAAAUGCAUUGCUUCGUUCUGAGUAUCAGGCUGACUACAAGUCACUGAGGUUCUUCACCCUGCUUUCUGGGUCACUGAAUUCCCAUGGAAUUGAAUUAAAUGCUGACAUCUUGGGCACUGACAAAAUUAAUACUGGUGCUCAUAAGGCAACACUAAGGAUUGCCCGAGAUGGAUUAUCUACAAGUGCAACCACCAGCUUGAAGUACAGUCCCUUGUUGCUGGAGAAUGAGCUGAAUGCAGAGCUUGACCUCUCUGGGGCAUCCAUGAAAUUAACAGCAAAUGGUCGCUUCAGGGAGCACAAUGCAAAAUUCAGCCUGGAUGGAAAAGCUGCCCUCACAGAGGUAUCACUGGGAAGUACUUAUCAGGCCAUGAUUCUGGGUGUCGACAGUAAAAACAUUUUCAACUUCAAAAUCAGCCGGGAAGGACUGAAGCUUUCAAAUGACAUGAUGGGCUCAUAUGCUGAAAUGAAGCUGGACCACUCUAACAGUUUGAAUAUCGCAGGCUUAUCACUGGACCUCUCAUCCAAACUUGACAAUGUUUAUAGCACUGACAAGUUUUACAAGCAGAAUUUUAACUUACAGUUACAGCCCUUUUCUCUUGUAACUACUUUAAACAAUGACCUGAGAUACAGUGCUCUGGAUCUGACCAGCAAUGGGAAAUUACGGCUGGAACCCCUGAAGCUGAACAUGGCUGGAAACCUCAAAGGAGCCUACCAAAAUGAUGAAAUAAAACAUAUCUACACCAUUUCCUAUGCUGACUUAUCAGCAAGUUAUAAAGCAGACACUGUAGCUAGGGUUCAGGGUGUGGAGUUUAGCCAUCGGCUCAACACUGACAUUGCUGGGCUGGCAUCAUCCAUUGACAUCAGUACAAACUAUAAUUCAGACUCUCUGCAUUUCAGCAAUGUUUUCCGUUCUGCAAUGGCCCCAUUCACUGUAGCCAUUGAUGCACAUACAAAUGGCAAUGGAAAACUGGCUCUCUGGGGAGAGCACACUGGACAACUCUAUAGCAAAUUCCUGUUCAAAGCAGAACCACUGGCCCUCACUUUCUCUCAUGAUUACAAAGGGUCCACAAGUCAUCUCAUGUCCAGCAAAAGCAUCAGUACAGCUCUUGAUCACAAAGUCAGUGUCCUGCUCACUCCAGCCGAGCAGACAAGCACCUGGAAACUCAAGACCCAAUUGAACAACAAUGAGUACAGCCAGGACUUUGAAGCUUACAACACUAAAGACAAAAUUGGUGUGGAGCUUAGUGGGCGAGCCCUGGCUGACCUUACUGUGCUAGACUCCCCGAUUAAAGUGCCAUUUUUACUCAGAGAGCCCGUCAAUGUCAUUGAUGCUUUAGAGAUGAAAGAUGCUAUUGACAAGCCCCAAGAAUUCACAAUUGUUGCUUUUGUAAAGUACGAUAAGAACCAAGAGGUUCACACCAUCAGCCUCCCCUUCUCUGAAACUCUGCCAGAAUAUCUGGAGAGGAAUCGAAUAGUAAUUAUAACUGCUCUGCAAACCAUUCAGAAAGAAUUGAAACGCAUCAAUAUUGAUCAAUUUAUGAGGAAAUACAGAGCAGCCCUCAACAGACUCCCACAGCAAGUUAAUGACUAUCUGAAUGCACUUAAUUGGGAGAGACAAGUUUCCAUUGCCAAGGAGAAACUGAACACUUUCACAGAAAAUUAUAGAAUUACAGAAAAUGAUCUACAAAUUGCAUUGGAUAAUGCCAAAAUCAACUUUAAUGAAAAACUCUCUCAACUUCAGACAUAUGUGAUACAAUUUGAUCAGUAUAUUAAAGAUAAUUAUGAUCUACAUGAUUUUAAAACUGCUAUUGCUAAGAUUAUUGAUCAAAUCAUUGAAAAAUGGAAGAUUCUUAAUGAACAUUAUCAUAUCUGUGUACAUUUAGUAAAGACAAUCAAUGAUCUGUAUGAAUUUAUUGAAAAUAUUGAUUUUGACAAAACUGGAAGUAGUGUUGCCUCCUGGAUCCAGAAUGUGGAUACUAAGUAUCAAGUCAGAAUUCAGAUACAAGAAAAACUGCAGCAGCUCAACACGCAUAUUCAGAAUACAGACAUUGAGGACAUUGCCACAGUGUUAAAACAACGGGUUAAGGAUAUUGAUGUCAGAGUCCUUUUAGAUCAAUUGAGAACUACAAUUUCAUUUCAAAGAAUAAAGGACAUUAUUGAACAUGUCAAAUACUUUGUUACAAAUCUUAUUGAAGAAUUUGAAGUAACUGAGAAAAUCAAUGCUUUUAGAGCCAUAGUCCAUGAGUUAAUUAGGAAAUAUGAAGUAGACCAACAAAUCCAGGUGUUAAUGGAUAAAUCAGUACAGUUGGCCCACAAGUAUAAGUUGAAGGAGACUGUUCAAAAACUAAGCAAUGUUCUACAGCAAGUUGAGAUAAAAGAAUACUAUGAGAGAUUGGUUGGGUUUAUUGAUGAUGCAAUCAAGCAGCUUAAAGCAUUGUCUUUUAAAAAAUUCAUUGAAGAAGUAAACAGAUUGCUGGACAUGUUGGUAAAGAAAUUAAAAUCGUUCAAUUACAACCAGUUUGUGAAUGAAACCAAUAACAAAAUCCAUGAGAUGACUCAGAGGAUCAAUGGUGAAAUUCAGGCUCUAGAACUGCCACAGAAAGCUGAAGCACUAAAACUGUUUGUAGAGGACAUCAAAGCCAUGGUCGCUAUCUAUUGGGAAAAGCUAAAAGACACUAAAAUAACUUUAUUCAUUGAUUGGUUACAGGAUGCUUUAAAUUCUGCAUCUUUGGUUCACAUGAAAGCCAGAUUCCAAGAAACUCUAGAAGACCUACGAGACCGGAUCUAUCAAAUGGACCUUCAGCGGGAACUUGAGCGAUACCUGUCUCUAGUAGGCCAGGUUUAUAAUACACUUGUCACCUACAUUACUGACUGGUGGAUUCUUGCUGCUAAGAACUUUACUGACUUUGCAGAGCAAUACUCUAUCCAAGACUGGGCUGAAAAGGUGAAAUCCUUGGUGGAACGAGGGUUCACUGUUCCUAAAAUCCAGACCAUCCUUGGGACUAUGCCUGCCUUUGAGGUCAGUCUCCAUGCUCUCCAGGAAGCUACCUUCCAGACUCCUGACUUCAUAGUUCCCCUGACAGAUCUGAGGAUUCCAUCAGUUCAGAUAAACUUCAAAGAGUUGAAAGAUAUAAAAAUCCCAUCCAGGUUUUCCACUCCAGAAUUCACUAUCCUCAACACCUUCCACAUUCCUUCCUUUACAAUCGACUUGGUAGAAAUCAAAGCAAAGAUCAUCAGAACCAUUGACCAAAUGCUGAUCAGUGAGCUGCAGUGGCCACUUCCGGAAGUGUAUCUGAGGGAUUUGAAGAUGGGAGACAUCCCUCUUGCUUUACUCACACUGCCAGACUUCCAUUUGCCAAAAAUUACAAUUCCAGAAGUCAUGAUCCCAAAUCUCAACCUGAAAGAUUUUCAAGUUCCUGACCUUCAAAUACCAGACUUCCAGCUUCCCCACAUCUCACACACAAUCGGAAUACCUACUUUUGGCAAGUUGAAUAGCAUUUUGAAAGUCCAAUCUCCCCUUUUCACAUUAGAUGCAAAUGCUAACAUCCAGAAUGUUACUAGUUCAGAGCACAAAGCAGAGAUUGCAGCUUCCAUCACUGCCAAAGGAGAGUCCAAAUUAGAAGUUCUCAAUUUCGAUUUCCAAGCAAAUGCACAACUCUCAGACCCUAAGAUUAAUCCACUGGUUCUAAAGGAAUCUAUGAUAUUUUCCAGCAAGUACAUGAGAACAAAGCAUGAAAGUGAAAUACUAUUUUCUGGAAAUGCCAUUGAAGGAAAAUCAGAUACAAUGGCAAGUUUACACACAGAAAAAAAUACACUAGAGUUUAAUAAUGGUGUGAUUGUCAAGAUAAAUAACCAGCUUAAACUGGAAAGCCACACAAAGUACUUCCACAAAUUGAACAUCCCCAAACUGGACUUAUCCAGUAAGGUUGACCUGAACAAUGAUAUCAAGACACUGCUGGAAGCUGGACACUUAACUUGGACUUCUUCUGGAAUAGGGUCAUGGAAACUGGCCUGUCUCAACUUCUCAGAUGAGGGAAUACAUGAAUCACAGAUCAGCUUCACCGUGGAAGGACCCAUCACUUCCUUUGGAUUGUCCAAUAACAUCAGCAGCAAACACCUAAGAGUAAACCAAAAGAUCGCUUAUGAAUCUGGCUUCCUUGACUCUUCUAGGUUUGAAAUUAAGUCUGAAGUUGAAUCCCAGCAUGUGGGCCACAGUAUUCUAACUGCUAAUGGCAUAGCACUGCUCAAAGAAGGGAAGACAGAGAUAACUGGCAUCCACAAUGCUCAUUUAAAUGGAAAAGUUAUUGGAACUUUGAAAAAUUCCCUUUUCUUUUCAGCACAGCCAUCUGAAAUUACUGCAACCACAAAAAAUGAAGGAAAUCUGAAAGUUAGUUUUCCACUAAAAUUGGUAGGGAAGAUAGACUUUCUCAACAACUAUGCAAUGUUCCUGAGUCCUCAUGCCCAGCAAGCAAGUUGGCAAGCAAGUGCUAGGUUCAAUCAGUAUAAAUACCAUCAAAAUUUCUCUGCUGUGAACAAUGGGCACAGCAUGGAAGCCCAUGUACAGAUCAAUGGAGAUGCCAACCUGGAUUUCUUGAACAUUCCUUUGACAAUUCCUGAAAUAAAUCUACCUUAUACAACACUCACAACACCCUCACUGAAAGAUUUCUCCAUAUGGGAAGAAACCGGCUUAAAGGAAUUCUUGAAAACAACAAAGCAAUCAUUUGAUUUAAGUGUAAAAGCUCGGUACAAAAAAAACAAAGACAGGCAUUCCAUUGCAAUUCCUUUGGGUGUGUUUUUUGAGUUUAUCAAUCAGAAUAUCAAUUCCUUUGACAGACAUUUUGAGAAAGUCAGAGAUGACGCCUUAGAUUUUCUCACUACAUCCUACAAUGAAGCAAAAAGUAAGUUUGAUGAGUAUGAAGUUGAAAGAUCUCUCAACAAGCUCCCCAGGACCUUUCAAACUCCCAGAUACACUCUUCCAGUCAUCAACAUGGAAGUGUCUCCAUUCACAGUAGAGAUGUCAGCCUCCAGUCAUGUGAUCCCCAAAGUGAUCAGCACCCCCAAUGUCACCAUCCCAGGGUCUGGCUUCUAUGUGCCGUCACACACAUUUGUCCUCCCAUCCAUUGAGUUGCCAGUCCUUCGUGCCCCUAGGAAUCUACUCAAGGUCCCUCUUCCAGAUUUCAAGGAACUGAGUACCAUAAACAAUAUUUUUAUUCCAGCCCUGGGCAAUAUUACUUAUGAUUUUUCCUUUAAAUCAAGUGCCAUCACGCUGAAUACCAAUAUUGGACUUUAUAAUCAAUCAGAUAUUGUGGCUCAUUUCCUUUCUUCCUCUUCAUUUGUCAUUGAUGCACUACAGUACAAAUUAGAGGGCACUUCAAGUUUGACAAGGAAAAGAGGGCUGAAGCUAGCCACAGCUUUGUCUCUCAGCAACAAAUUUGUGGAAGGCAGUCAUGAUAGCACUAUUAGCUUAAUCGAGAAAAACUUGGAAGCAUCAGUGACAACAACUGCCAAAAUCCACGUUCCAGUUUUGAGAUUGAAUUUUAAGCAAGAACUUAAUGGAAAUACCAAGUCAAAACCUACUGUCUCUUCAUCCACUGAAUUAAAAUAUGAUUUUAAUUCUCCGAAGCUGUACUAUACUGCUAAAGGAGCAGUUGACCACAAGCUCAGCUUAGAAAGCCUCACCUCCUACUUUUCCAUUGAGUCAUCUACUAAAGGAGAUGUCAAGGGUUCAGUCCUCUCACGGGAAUAUUUGGGAACUAUUGCCAGUGAGGCCAGUAUGUACCUGAAUUCCAAGGGCACUCGGUCAUCAGUGAAGCUACAAGGGGCUUCCAAGGUCGAUAAUAUCUGGAACCUUGAAGUAAAAGAAAAUUUUGCUGGAGAAGCCAAUCUCCGACGCAUAUAUGCCAUCUGGGAACACAAUACAGAAAAUUACUUACAGCUACAGGGCCUUUUUUUCACACAAGGAGAACAUGCAAGCAAAGCCACCUUGGAACUCUCCCCAUGGACAAUGUCUGCCCUUGUUCAGGGUCAUGCAAGUCAGCUCAGUUCCCUCCUGGACAUACCUUACAUUGACCAGGAAGUGACUCUGAAUGCAAACACUAAGAACCAGAAGGUCAGCUGGAAAAGUGAGAUCCAGAUUUAUUCUGGGUCUCUCCAGAACAACAUACAGCUUUCUAAUACCCAAGAAGAGGCACGCCUCGACAUUGCAGGAUCCUUAGAAGGGUCAAACCUUGAACAUAUCGUCCUACCAGUGUAUGACAAGAGCUUAUGGGACCUCCUAAAGCUGGAGGUAACCACCAGCACCAGCAGGAGGCAGUAUCUUCAUGUUUCAACUGCUCUUGUGUACACCAAAAAUCCCAAUGGCUAUCUUCUCUCUGUCCCCGUGCAAGAAUUGGCUGAUAAAUUCAUUAUACCUGGGUUGAAACUAAAUGAUCUAAAUUCAGUUUUUGUCACACCUACAUUUCGAGUCCCAUUCACAGAUCUUCAGGUUCCAUCCUACAAAGUUGACUUCAGUGAAAUGAAAAUCUAUAAAAAGUCAAGAAUGUCACCAUUUGCACUCAACCUACCAACAUUACCCAAAAUAAAAUUCCCUGAAGUUGAUGUUUUAACAAAAUAUUCUGAAUCGGAAAACUCCUCAUUUCCCUUUUUUGAGAUAACUGUGCCUGCAGCUCAGUUCAUUGUAACCCCGUUCACCCUUCCAAAAAGCAUUUCCAUUGGCAGUGCUGUCUUGGACCUAAAUGAGGUGGCCAACAAGAUUGGAGGCUUUGAAUUGCCUACCAUCAUCAUGCCUGAGCAGACUAUUCAGAUUCCUUCCAUUAAAUUCUCUAUACCUGCUGGAAUUUGGAUUCCUAUUUUUGGAGAACUGACUGCACGGUUUCGGGUGGCCUCUCCCCCAUAUAAUGCCACUUGGAGUGCUGGUUUGAAAAACAAAGCAGAUCAUAUUGAAACAUUCCUGGAUUCCACAUGCAGUUCAACCUUAAAGUUCCUGGAAUAUGACCUAAAAGCGGUGGACAUAUAUAAAUUUGAAGACUACAGUUUCAUCUAUAAGAGCAACAACACAUUUGUACAUCGUGACUUCAGUGUGCUGUAUAAAGAAGAGGGCAAAUACAAAGGACUGCAGGACUUGGAAAUGCAGGCUGUCCUGGACAUCACCUGUCCGGUGUUCAGUGACCUCCAGCUGCAUUAUCAAACAUAUAGCAAAAUCCAGACCUUCUGGGCAGCCUACCCAGCCAUAGACACUGUGGGCCUGAACCUUGGAGAAAAAGGAAACCAUAGCAUAGUAAAGAACCCCUACUUCUACCCUCAGUCCUCUGCAGAGAAAAAACUCAUCAUACUCAUAACUGAGUGGAGGCAUAAACCUGAUGGGGACAUUCAGAUCAAAUUUAAUUGGGAUGAAGAGGUAGCAUCCAGAUUGCUAAGCUCUCUAAAAGACAGUGUGCCCAAGGCCACAGAGACCUUUUAUGACUAUGUCAACAAGUACCACCAGGAGUACACAGGACUCAGCCUGACAGAUGCUUCUGCAAAGCUUAGGAGAAGUCUACAGAACAGUGCUGAGCAAGCCUAUCAAGGGGCCAUGAGGCAAAUUGAUGAGAUGGACAUGGGGUUCCAGAGAGCAGUCAGCAGCACCACAAGAACUUACCAGGAGUGGAAGGACAAGACCCAGAAUCUGUACCAGGAACUGUUGGCUCAGGAGAGCCAGGCCAGUUUCCAGACAAUCAAGGAGAAGGCAUUUGACAGCUUAAUACAAAUCAUCAAGGGGUACCAUAGGGCAAUUAAGCAUCUGAUUGACUCAUUCAUUGAUAUCCUGAAGUUCUCCAGAUUCCAUCUCCCAGGGAAAGCUGAGAUGUCCACUAUUGAUGAACUCAACAGUAUGGUCAUGAAGGAGGUAGGGAAGAUGCUAUCCCAAGUAUGUUCAAAUAUCCAAAAUGGGUUAGAUAAACUGCUUUCGUAUGUCCAAGACCUAGUGGGGAGAACUGAAUUAAUCAAAGACCUACAGAUUAAACUUCCUUUUCAUUCAACAAGCUCUAAACUAAAAGAUGCAAUUCCGGACUUGAGGGAACAGUUGAAAUCUUUAUCAGGAGAAAUUCAAGAAACAUUAAUUGACUACUUAUCUGUCAAUACUACAGAGACACUAAGUGUCCUUGGCAUCGUUUUACAAUCAUUUGUUUUUAAUGAGAUAGAAAAAGACAUUGAAAUCUUAAAAGAGUUAAAUUUUACUGAUCUUGUUAAUGAGAUCCUACAAGAGAAAGACAAUUUCAAAGAUUAUGUUCUGUAUGUUUUUCAAAAUCUGAAAGAAAGUCUAGACUUUAUCCUCAGUAGUUUCAAUGAAUUUAUUCAAGACCAACUUCAGGACAGCUCUCAAAACUUACAACAGGUUCAUCAGUACAUAAAGGCUCUUCGUGAAGAAUAUUUUGAUCCAAGUACAGUUGGCUGGAUGGUGAAAUAUUAUAAACUUGAAGAAAAAGUAAUGGAUUUGAUCAGGAACUUUUUAAUUGCCCUUAAGGACUUCCAUUCCAAAUAUACGUCCAGUGCAACUGGAUUUACUUCUCAACUCUCAAAUCAAGUUAAGCAGUUUGUGGACAGAGCUUUCCAAGAAUAUGUUAGCAUCCUUACUGAUGCAGAUGGAAAAGGGAAAGAAAAGAUUGAAGAGCUUUCUACCACUGCUCAGGAAAUAAUUAAAAGUUGGGCCACUGCAAUGAAGAAAAUCAUUUCUGAUUACCAGCACCAGUUCAGAUCUAAACUACAGGAUUUUUCAGACCAACUUUCUGAUUACUAUGAAAAAUUCAUUGCUGAGGCUACAAGAUUGAUUGACCUGUCCAUUCAAAGCUACCACAUAUUUCUAAGAUAUAUCACCAAGUUUCUGACAGAGCUGCAAUCAACCACAGUCAAUGAUGUAAGCCCCCACAUGAAGUUUGCUCCAGGAGAACUGACUAUCAUCUUUUAAUUUUUCAAAGCAUUCAUUUUUUUUUAUUUGUUCCAAUAAACUUUCAUAUAGUAGGGGGAAAUCCAAGCCACUGAUAAAACCACACAUUGAGCCAACCCUGCAGCAGGCAGCUGACUACAAGCAGAACUACGUAAGAACUGGACCUGCACUGACACUGGUGUAAGAACUCUGGAGGUCUCUGAUCUCUAGGGAAUGACAUUUUUAGCAAGUUAAAGAAAAUCCGGAUCUGAGUUAUUUUACUAAACUUGGGGGGAAGAGAAAAACGAAUAAAUGAAUUCUUUAUUGUAUAUCAA